AUGUCCAACGAGGAGGACCAGCAGUGGCACCUGCGCACGCCCAACCCCGACAACCCAGUCGUGUUCUUUGAUGUGAGCAUCGGCGGCGCCAAGGCGGGCAGGAUAAAGAUGGAGCUGUGGGCUGACCUAUGUCCCAAGACAUGCGAAAAUUUCAGGCAGUUCUGCACAGGGGAGUACAGGAAGAAUGGCCUCCCCAUCGGCUACAAGGGCUGCGACUUCCACCGGGUCAUCAAGGACUUCAUGAUCCAAAGCGGAGACUUUCAGCAGGGGGAUGGGACGGGGUGCAUCAGUAUCUAUGGCAGCCGGUUUGGUGACGAGAAUUUCACAGCAAAGCACACAGGGCCAGGCUUGUUGUCGAUGGCAAACAGUGGAGCGCACUCGAAUGGAUGCCAGUUUUUUCUGACGUGCGCCAGGGCGCCCUGGCUCGACAACAAGCAUGUGGUGUUUGGACGAGUCUUGGGGGAGGGUUUGCUUGUGGUGAGGAAGAUCGAGAACGUUGCUGUGGGUGCCAACAACAAGCCCAAGCUCCCGUGCGUCAUAACGGAGUGCGGGGAGAUGUGA